AUGCACGCCGGAGCGCCAGUGCAAAUGGUGCCAAGCACAACGAAUAAGAACCGAAUGAACGUGUGGUACUCAUAUUUUGGGCUGACCGCCGAUGAUGCAGCCAAGCUGCCAAUGAGACAUGAAAGGUGUCUAUUUUUACCUCAUCGUGUGAUAGGUCUCCGUAUCCCGCUGUAUACUUUAAAGAAUCAGUGACAAUUUUGAAAAACAACUUUGACAGGAAAGUUCGUAUUUAGGGUUACAUUUUUUCAUAGAAAAUUUUUGCGCCUUUGAAAUCUGUAGUAAAUUUUUCUGAAGCUGAAUCGGAUAAAGUUUAGCUUUUUUUUAAAUUUUGAUCGAUGAAAAAAAGUUUAUUUUGUCGAAAAAUGACUUUUCUGAAUGAAUUUAGUUUCAAUUAAAAAAAUAUUCUUACUUUUUCCACAACUGUUUUUGAAGCUUCGAAAAAAUUCAUAUUCUCUUGCAAUUGAAAAACUUACUGUGAAAAAAAUCAAUACCUCGAUCUUUUUCAUUUUUCAUUAUGGCUUCUUCAUUGGAGAAACGGAUCAUACUUCAAAACGAAAAAUCGUGUUCAUUGGCGCGCCAAAAUUGCUCCAAAACAGUACUAAUUUUUGUUUUGAAGCAAUUUUUUUGCGUUUCGGGACAAUUUUCAUUUUGUCCGAUGAACACGCCAUUAAUUUAAAGGAAACCCAUAAUUUUGACUCAUUCGUAUUGUAAACGUUUCAGUUUUUCAGAGCUUAGAAUUUUUCCAAACAACGUUUAAUAAUUGACAAUUGAUUAUCGAGUAAUAUUUUUUUUCAAAGAGACCAAUAUCAUCCGCGCGAGCCCGUGUACACGAUGCCGAUUUCUGUCAAACCGAAAACUCGCGAGCCAACAACUUUUACGGAUAACAGGUUUUCAACUUAUUUCUUCUUCUUUUUGAAAGCUCUUUUUCCAGAAUAUACGUUAGCAACAUUCCGUUUUCGUUCAGGGAACAAGACCUCGCCGCAAUGUUCUACCCGUAGGAAGAUUAUUACUUUUUUUUUGUUGAUCAAUUAUUUUUUUCAGGUAUGGAAGAGUUUUGAGUGUGGAAAUAGUGACGAACGACCGUGGAUCGAAAGGAUUCGGAUUUGUAACUUUGGACAGCGUUCACGCGUGCGAAAGUGCGCGUGCUGCGUUACACGAAUCCCAUGUCCAAGGAAGAAUUAUCGAGGUUGAAAAACGUGAAAAUGAUAGUUUUUGAGGGAAAUUGGCCGUAAACAUCCAAAAAGUCGGAAAAGGAUGGAAAAAGACUCAAUAGAAAUUUUAUUUUUAGGGUGAAAAAGGCUCCUUUUUUGCUGCCUUUUUGCACCAUUUCCUCGGCGUUUAUGCACCAUUUUUGCUGCCUCUCCUUUUCUUCACUAUUUCUGGAGCUUUUGAAAUCCCAGAAAAAAUGGAAGGGAUUAUUUUUGCUGCUUUUUUUGAGUCUCUCAUUUUAUGCGGCCAUUAUCCAAAAUUCCGAUUUUGCCCAAGAAUCCAUCAAAUACUAAAAAAAACGUAUAUUUUUUCCAAUUUGUUUAGUGAAAUAGUAAGAUCAAUAAAAUCUGCUCAUAUUUUAAAUUUCAAGUCAUCGUUCAAGCUCCGCCCCUCUUCAAAAAUUGAACAGACUAGACUUUUUAUAGUGAUUUUUCUGUUUGAAAGUGAUCAGCGGAAAUUUUUUUAGCAAUUUCUCAGUCCUUAUUUGAAUUUUCAUCAUCCAAUUUUUUAAUUGAUCCAUCCGAAAUGCAUAUUAUGCUGGAAAAAUAACUAUUUUUAGCUUUUUUUUUCUUUUCAUAUCUUCGAUAAGAUGAUUUUUUCGCGGAAGUACUUUCUUAUAAAAAUUUUUUUGAAGGAGAUAAUAGAGAGGAAAUAAUAAUUUGUUCUUUUCAAGGGCUUGGGUUAAGUCUUUUUGACGUGAAAAAUCUAGGAUUUUCAGAGUUUUUUUUUUCGCAUUCAAAUUAAAUCAGAUAUUUUAGGAUCACCUUCAAGGACACUUUAGUGAAUCUAAAAAUCGAUAAUUUUUCAGUAAAAUUUGAAAAAAGUUGAAAAUAGAGAGUUACCAAGCUUCAGAACACUUAAAAUUUCAAAAAAAAAAACGAAAAAAAGAUGUCAAUUUUUCCAGGUCCGCCGAGCGACGCCCACUCGCAGGAAGGUGCUGCCGAACUCGGCCACUGAAGUGGUCCCCCCACCGAAACUGUGCGUCGACCUGCGGGCUCCACACUCAACGUGGCGUGUCGAGAAUCUCGACGGCCGGAAUUUCCUGUCGAGUAGAAUGUCGUCCUCCCGUUUCGACCUCCAACACAUGACUCCGCAGGAGUGGGAAUUCCGUGAGUUUCUGGAUUUUUUAGGAUGAUGGAAAAUUUCCAAAAAGACUUUUAAGAAUUGAAGAAACGUAGGUUUGGUUACUGAAGGCUCGCAUUUCGAUAAAGUCAUUGGAAAACAGCAAAGUUUGCCUUUAGAAGACCCUCCAGAACUAACAUUUUUCGAGCAAUCUUUAAAAAAAUAUUUUUUUCCGUUUAUUCAGAAUUUAGCUUCUUCGAAUUCCAAAAAUAGGCAUUGUCAAUUUUUUUAUUUAAAGUUGGGACCUUGAGUCGUUAAGUGAUCACUCAAGAGGUUUCAGCAAUUCUAUUUUCAAGGGAAGGUUUAGAAGUCUGCAGGAAACAUACCGGACACGCCCUGGGAAGUUAUGAGCAUUUUAGUGGCCCCUUUAGUGGCUUCAGCACUCUUAAGUGAUCCCUAGAGCUGCUUAGAAGCGUCCAGUUUGCGCUACUAAGGUCCGAGACACUUCUCAACAUUCUUACUGUGUUAGCACCCUUAAGUGGUCCCUUGAAAGGCAUAGGAACGCCUAGGGCGCGUCCGAUUUCCGUUACUUUGAUCCAAGACACUUCACAAAAUUUCUAGUGGUCACUUUAGCGGCUUUAGGACUCUUUAGUGAUCCCUAAGGCUGCUAAGAAGCGCCCGGUUUCCUUUACUUCAAUCCAAGACAUUUCACAGAAUUUCUAGUUUCCAUAUUAGCGGCUUCAGUACCCUUGAGUAGUUCCUUGAGGUGCUCAGAAACAUCCGGGGCACGUUUGGUUUGCAUUACCAAGGUCCGAAAAGCUGAAUUUUUGAAUUUUCAAAAAGUUUUAAGGAAAAAUAAGCUUCAGCCUCCCUUUUCGAAUUCAAAGAUAUUUAGAGCUUCUUCAUUAUCUUAAACUCAUAUUUUACAGACGAGGCGGCGAUGGCCGAAGAGAUGGCGGCGAACAAUCCGUACGGCGCGAUCGGCGAGGCCCCAAGACCCCGCCGUUGCACCAGACACAGCCAGAUGAAGCUCUCGGCCAACGGGGAAUACUUCCUGAGCAGCGGCGAACCGACGACGGAUCACAGCAUUCUGAUGUGCGUCAACGACGACUCGUGCACCACUCGCAAGGUAUCAAAAAUUAGAAAAAUUCAUUGAUUUGUCAACCAAAAGUGUGAUUGUUAUAGCCCAUUCCGUGGGAGCUUUUCACAGUUUUUAUCUUCCUCCGGGCUCUCUUCGAUGCGCGCGACCUGUAUCUCUGCAUGCGCCUUUAAUAUAACCGAAGGUUAGGGCCUAAUUAAAGGCGCAUCGUCAGGAAAAGUUCCGAGAAAAGUCGCGGAAUGGAUUAUAAAACACUUAAGAUAACUGCCUAGCAAGGCGCGAGACAAAAGCGAUAUCGUCGGCGGCACAUGGACGACAUCGCGAAUGAAGCGCCGGACUUUAUUAUGCACUGAAAAACGGAAAAUUUGAUGCGAUAUCGCGCCGAGGAAAAUGCGAUAUCGGCGCAGCUACAAAGCACUUUCGCGAUAUCGUCUGCGAUGUCCCUUUUAAUUCGCGGGUUAAUAGUUGUGAAAUUGAAAUGUAAGUAGAUUCACAGUCAUCUUUGGAGGCUUAGAGGCGUGGCCUGUCUGCACUCUCCAUCAUCCAGACACUCUCUAACUCUAUAAAUCUGAAAGACUGGAUAAAUUUCAAAAAAACCUGUUCUACAAUUUUUUUUGCGCGUGAGCUAGGGGGUUUUUUUUCGGUUUGAAGUAAUCAAUUUUGAUUUUUUUAGACCUGAAAAAAAUAUUUUUUUUCAGCAGCAAGUGCAGAUGAUCUCAAAGGACGGUAUCACGGUGUUCCCGAACCAAAUCCACAUCCACGAGCAAAUCGCGUCGCUUCUCGACACGACGACAUCGCCAAAAAGUUUCGGAACGCUGCCGCGGGCUAGCUCUGCCGGCACGCGAACUUCGGAGAGCGAAGUCACUUCUGGUGGGUUUUAUGGGGAAAGAAAUGUAGAGAAAAGCUUUGAAUUUUUAAUAUGAAUACUUAUUGCUGAGUGAGGAAAUUAGGGCCUGAUCGAAUUGAAAAGGUCUUUUUUGGUAUCAAAGAAGAAUUUGUAAGAACUGAAACGGUUAAAGCGAAAAUAUAGAAUUUUUGAAUGAACCUAAUCGAAUUUUGACAAAGUGUCGUACAAUCCAAAAGUUACUAAUAACGUCUCGGACCUUAGUAACGCAAACGGGACGCGGAUCGGACCUGUCGGGGCAUUUCUAGUGACUACUUUAGUAGCCUCAGUCCUAAAGUGAUCCCUAGAAUUAGAAUUGCCCAGGUCCGGAGCACGUCCGUUUCGCGUUACCAAUGUCCGAGGUAGCAAUAUCGGAACGUCUUUUCCAGUUCAAUUUUUAAAAAGUCGAUCUUUGUGGCAUCGCCAGAAAGUACACCUUUUCGUCUCGAUACUUUAUCUCGCGCGACUAUGUGCCUUUAAUAGCGCUUGAAACAAUGAUUUUUCAUUUAGCUUUUGGGCUGAAAAAGGUCGGAAAAUUUAACGUUAUUAAAGGAACAUCGAUGCGAAAGAUACAGUAGAUCCCGGCGCGAAGUUAGCUUUAUGACGAUAAAAAUUGGAAUUUGAUUCACGGCUGGCUUGACCCAACGAAAAAGUGUCUUGAAACGAUAAUGCACGAAAUAGCGCGUGGCUCGUGGAGAGCAUAGACAGGACACGCCCCCUUAGAAUCCCAAGUUAGCCGUGAAUCAGCUAUAGCAGCUUUAUUUUUUGUAUGGAGUUCGACUUUUCUUACUAGACCCCAAAUUUUACGUCUCUAUGAAGCUUCGAACUCUUCAAAAUACGGAAAAUGAGAUCUAAAAAAAAUUCCCUUGUUAGAAUCGAAGCUGAUUUCCGAAAAAACUUACUUUUUUUUCAGACGACGAGCACGCCUGGACCCCCAACCGGAGCCCGGAUCUUCUGGCGAGUCUGUACGAAGGGUCGACGUCGUUCCACGCUCCGAUCUCGGACUCGAGCACGAGCACGGACCUCGACCAUCACCAUCAUCAUUAA